GGCGCGACUUUCUAUUCACGACUUUUUAAGCCUUUUCAUGAGGAAAAAUUGCUUUGAUCGAUAUCCCGAAAUCGAUAAACUAUCGCACAGAUGAUGAUCGACAAAACGCUUACACGUGAAUUUUGUGAUGAUGCAUUUUAGUUUAGCAUGAUUUUGUUGUUUCGGACACCCGUUAAUAUGGCUCAUUAUAGUCGAGCCGUGUCUACGUUUGUCCUAGUUCUACAUUUUUGUCCCGUUAUUAUUGGGGUUUCGACAGCUGAAGAAAUCCUGGAACUCACUGGAAGGCAUAAUGGUAGUUUAGUGUAUACCCCACAUGGACCACUAGUCCACUGCAAUUUGCUGUCUUUAGAAUUUAUGGAUUGUGAUGAACCUGUAGACUUGAAAGGGAACAAGACAGCCAAAGAAGAGCUGGGAUUUGGAUGUUUGAAAAUGGGAGGCCAAAGAUAUGAAGAUGUUGAGAAAACGAAGGUGGAAUGUUUCAUUCUUCCUGGGAUUGAAUGCUAUGGUGAUCGCAAAUUUCUAAAGGAUGGAUUUCCCUGCAUCAAGUACACAGGCCACUAUUUCACCACAACUUUGAUCUACAGCAUUCUACUGGGAUUUCUGGGCAUUGACCGAUUCUGUUUGGGCCAGACAGGCACUGCAGUUGGAAAGCUCCUAACUCUAGGUGGAGUUGGCAUUUGGUGGAUUGUAGAUAUUGUACUGCUGGUCAGUGGUGGAUUGACUCCGGAAGACGGUUCAAAUUGGGUUCCGUAUAUGUAAAUUGUUUAAACCCUUCAUUUUUAUUUUUACUUGUACCAACAAAAAGUUCGUGAUACGACAUGUACAAAUUAUCAAAAUACUUUCAUUACAAAAAAGAAAACUGGAAAGAAA